CCGCAGCUCCCGCCGGCUCUGCUGCCGCUCCUGCUGCUCCUGCCGCUGCUGCCCGGCGCCGGGCCGGCCCAGUUCCACGGCGAGAAGGGCAUCUCCAUCCCGGACCACGGCUUCUGCCAGCCCAUCUCCAUCCCGCUGUGCACCGACAUCGCCUACAACCAGACCAUCAUGCCCAACCUGCUGGGCCACACGAACCAGGAGGACGCGGGCCUCGAGGUGCACCAGUUCUACCCGCUGGUGAAGGUGCAGUGCUCGCCCGAGCUGCGCUUCUUCCUGUGCUCCAUGUACGCGCCCGUGUGCACCGUGCUGGAGCAGGCCAUCCCGCCGUGCCGCUCCAUCUGCGAGCGCGCGCGCCAGGGCUGCGAGGCGCUCAUGAACAAGUUCGGCUUCCAGUGGCCCGAGCGGCUGCGCUGCGAGAACUUCCCGCGCCACGGCACCGAGCAGAUCUGCGUGGGCCAGAACCACUCGGAGGACGGCGCGCCCGCCUCGCUCACCACCGCGCCGCCGGGCCUGCAGCCGGGAGCCGGGGGCACGCCGGGCGGCCCGGGCGGCGGGAGCGGCGGCGGCGGCGGCGGCGGCUCCGGAGGCUCCGGCUCCGGCUCGCACCCGCGCUACGCCAGCCCGGAGCACCCGUUCCACUGCCCCCGGGUGCUCAAGGUGCCGUCCUACCUGAGCUACAAGUUCCUGGGCGAGCGCGACUGCGCCGCCCCCUGCGAGCCGGCGCGCCCCGACGGCUCCAUGUUCUUCUCGCAGGAGGAGACGCGCUUCGCCCGCCUCUGGAUCCUCACCUGGUCGGUGCUGUGCUGCGCCUCCACCUUCUUCACCGUCACCACGUACCUGGUGGACAUGCAGCGCUUCCGCUACCCGGAGCGCCCCAUCAUCUUCCUCUCGGGCUGCUACACCAUGGUGUCGGUGGCCUACAUCGCCGGCUUCGUGCUGCAGGAGCGCGUGGUGUGCAACGAGCGCUUCUCCGACGACGGCUACCGCACCGUGGUGCAGGGCACCAAGAAGGAGGGCUGCACCAUCCUCUUCAUGAUGCUCUACUUCUUCAGCAUGGCCAGCUCCAUCUGGUGGGUCAUCCUGUCGCUCACCUGGUUCCUGGCGGCCGGCAUGAAGUGGGGCCACGAGGCCAUCGAGGCCAACUCGCAGUACUUCCACCUGGCCGCCUGGGCCGUGCCGGCCGUCAAGACCAUCACCAUCCUGGCCAUGGGCCAGAUCGACGGCGACCUGCUGAGCGGCGUGUGCUUCGUGGGCCUCAACAGCCUGGACCCGCUGCGGGGCUUCGUGCUGGCGCCGCUCUUCGUCUACCUGUUCAUCGGCACCUCCUUCCUGCUGGCCGGCUUCGUGUCGCUCUUCCGCAUACGCACCAUCAUGAAGCACGACGGCACCAAGACGGAGAAGCUCGAGCGCCUCAUGGUGCGCAUCGGCGUCUUCUCGGUGCUCUACACCGUGCCGGCCACCAUCGUCAUCGCCUGCUACUUCUACGAGCAGGCCUUCCGCGAGCACUGGGAGCGCUCCUGGGUCAGCCAGCACUGCAAGAGCCUGGCCAUCCCCUGCCCGGCGCACUACACGCCCCGCAUGUCGCCCGACUUCACCGUCUACAUGAUCAAAUACCUCAUGACGCUCAUCGUGGGCAUCACGUCGGGUUUCUGGAUCUGGUCGGGCAAGACGCUGCACUCGUGGCGCAAGUUCUACACGCGCCUCACCAACAGUCGGCACGGCGAGACCACGGUGUGA